GAAAAAUAUUAAAUUCAAGUUAAAAUCGUGACAAAAACUGAUUAUCAUGGAUUCUCACGGAUUUUUUCAUCGCGGAUUUAACCAUCAUUCAACGUCUAACGGUUCGAAAUGGACGUCGACGACUGGAUGAUAAAAACACUAAGUAAACUUCUUUUGUUUUUACCUCUUUUUUUUCGGUGUCUGCCUUGUGAUAGAGCGAAAGAGAGGGGGCGAGAGUGAGCGAGCGAGAGGCCGAGAGGCGAUUGAAAAAAAAGUGUGCAAGAGCUGUUAAUUAAUGGAAAAAUUCGUUUCGUUUGCGUUGUCGUGUUUUUCGGUUCGGUUCGUUUAGAGGAUUAAAAGCAAAAUUAAUAACAAAAAAAUACAAUAAAAAAAUACAAGAUAUUAUAUAUUAAAUGCCACACACGCACACACACAUAUCACCAUUACCGAAGAAUUACUUUUUUCGAAAGUGUAAAAUAUUUUUUUUUCGAUUUUUUUUAUUUUGCGUAAAGUGAAGUGAUUUAUGAUAUGAAAUAUGAAAUCCAAGCAAAAAAUUAUAAAUAAUAUUUAGUGCUGAAAACCCCCCGUUUUUACUUGUCAUUCCAGAGCAGUGUGUGUAAAUAGGAAAAAGAAAAAUCAAGAGAAUAAAUAUAAAUAUUUAUAUAUAUAAUUAAUUAAUUAAUUGAUUUAUAUUGUGCAAAAAGAAAAGUGCAGCCAAAAAAGCGAGAGAAAAAAAAGAAAAAUGCAGUCGCAUUAAGGCAACUGUUGUUGCCCCAGUUGCAGCAACAACAGCAAACCGAAAAAAGCAACUUCAAAAGUUAUACAAAGUUAAGCUUGAAGAGUUACAAAUAAAUAAUAAAUAAAUACAAAAUAUAUAUAAAGUAAAAAAAUCCUAGUGCUAACUUUAAAGCGAAAUUUUUUUGUGGGGCACUUCCGAGAGAAUGUCGCAGUGCAAUAAUGUUGCAACUGUCGACAGCAGCAGCAACAACAGCAGCAACAGCAACAGCAGCAACAGCAGCACGUUAACACUAAACAAAUCAAUCAAUUCUGCGGCCAACAACAAGUGUUUAAGCUAAAAGAGUUCGGCAUGAAAUGGAAGCAGCUAUACGCUCCAUUUCAGUGCAGGUCGGUGCUCCGCCGCCCACAAACAACAGCAGCAGCAACAACAACAACAGCAGCAGCAGCAACAGCAACAACAACAACAGCAGCAGCAACAACAGCAACAGCAGCAGCAGCAACAACACACCCAACGGUGCGCAGCAGCAGCAGCAGCAACAUCAGCAGCAGCAGCAGCAACAUCAUCAGCAGCAGCAGCAUCACCAGCAGCAACGGGUUGUUGCCAGCAGCAACCAGCAACAACAGCAGCUGCAGCAGCAACAGCAGCAGCAGCAGCAUGAUAAUGGACCAACGUCCCAUCAUUUGCAUCAAUCAUCUAUCAGCAUCUCUAAUCAGCAGAAUAAAGCAACGCAACAGCAACAGCAGCAGCAACACCAAAAGCAACAACAGCAACAGGCUGCCAACAUGUCCGCGUAUCAACAACGCCUGCCAUCAAAUGCAGCAUCGCUUCACAGCCCCCACUGGUCGUACAGGGGCCUCGAGCAGCUGCCGCAGUAUGCCAAGCAGGUGGCGCAGCUGCAGCAGCAUCAGUCGCAUCACCAGCAGCAGCAGCAACAGCAACAGCAGCAGCAGCAGGAGCAGCAACAGCGCACCAGCCUGCAUCCGCAGAUCCACCACCACCACCAACAGCAGCAGCAGCAGCAGCAGCAACAGCAGCAGAUGCAACAGCAGCAGCAAUCCUCGAGAGCGGCGGCCAGUCCUUUGUCACCACCUCGUCCUGGAAAUCCUGGCAGCGGCAACAGCAACAGCAGCGGCGGCGGCGGCAGCAACAGCAGCAGUGCAGCAGCGGCAGCAGCAGCAGCGGCAGCCGCAGCGGCGGCCGUCAACACGGGCUAUGCGCCACCGCCCCCGCAGCAUCGUUUCAUCCAGAAUCCGGGCUACAGCAUUGCCCCGGCGCCCACCUACCGUGAGAAUCCCUACUCGCGUCACACGCAAAUUCAGCAGCAGCAGCAGCAACAGCAGCAGCAGCAACAGGCGGCAGCCUCGAUGCCCGAAUAUCAGAGGGCGGCAGCUCGAGCGGCUGUGGCUGCUGUCUCGACGGGCAAAGGCCAAAGUUCCAACAGCAGCAGCAGCGGCGGAGGAGGCGGAGAAAGAGGAGGUGCCGGCGGAUCAGCUCCUCCGGGCGGCGGCGUCGUUCAGGUGUCGCAAUCCAGCGGAGUUUUGGUCAUGGAAGCCAUGCCCCAUUAUGCCAGCCAACCAAAUAGUAAUCCCUCCCAGCAGCAGCAGCAGCAGCAAGGCAGCAAUCCCAGUGGCGCGGGAGCAACAAAUGCCGCCUCCUCCGCUGCCGGCAGCAUAAUGGUCGGGAAUCUGGGGCGCAUCCUGAUGCCCCAUCCGCAGGCUCUCCAAUACACCAGCGAGUACCUGACCAAUGCCACAGCGGUGGCCGUUGCUGCGGCGGCGGUUAACCAGCGACAGCAAUUGCAGCUGCAGCAGCAGCAGCAGCAACAUCCGCCCGAGCCAUUUGGCGGCCAGCAGCCGUACAAGAAGCAACGGCUCAGCGAGGCCAAUGCCAGCAACAUGAAUCACCUGCCACCACACCCGCAGCAGCAGCAGCAACAUCAGCAGCAGCAACAGCAGCAGCAGCAGCAACAUCAGGCUCACCAGCAACACCAGCGAUCCUCGCCAGCCCAACAGCAGCAGCAGCAGAUGAACAGCAGUCGGCAGAGUCACAAUGACAUGUGCCGACAAGUGGUCACCACGCCAAUGGGAAUGCAACUCAAGGUGGAGACACUGCCCCAGCAGCAGCAGCAGCAACAGCAGCAACAGUUGCAGCAGCAGCAGCAACACCAACAGCAGCAGCAGCAGCAACAUGCCUCGCAAUCCCAGGGACGAAGCCAAGCGGCGGUGAGCAGCAUGUCCUCCGGUGGAAGCCAACCCGUGGGCACCAUCACCGUUUCCACGGCAGGAUCCUCGUCGGGGAGUCACAGCGGCAAUGUUGCCGGCGGAGCGGGGGCAUCGGGAAGCAGCGGAGCGGCCAGCACAGAGGCCUAUCAUCCGCAGGUGGAGGCCAUUUCGCCCACUCUGCCGAGCGACAGUUCGAUCGAGGAGCGCGGAAGGACGAGCGCCAAGGAGGACCUACUCAUGCAGAUCCAGAAGGUGGACAACGAGAUCAAGUCCGCCGAAACGACGAUGGAGACGCUGCGCAAGAAGGAGAAGUCUCUGAUGGAGGAGGCUGCUCUGGCCAAGGAACAGAAGGUUGCCUCUCAAAAGGAACAACAGGAUCAGCAGGAGGAUCAGCAGCAGGAGGAGGUGGUGGAGCUGGCCUGGCGCAGUCAAAUGCUGGCGGAGAAGAUCUAUGCGGCCAAUCGGAAGACGGCCAGUGCGCAACAUUCCAUGCUGCAGAAUGCAGCGGCCGAUGAAUCCUCUCCAGGAUCUCUAGCCGGUCGUCCCUGGCUGCCUUUGUACAACCAACCACUCGAUGUGGAAGCACUCACCCUGCUGAUCCGCCAGCACCAGAAUCAAGUGCGUGCUCCCCUGCUGCUGCACAUCAGGAAACUGAAGGCGGAGCGAUGGGUUCACAACCAGGGACUGGUGGAGAAAUACCUCAAGGAGCAGGCCGACUGGCAGCGCCGAUGCGAACGCAUGGAGGCGAGCGCAAAGAGGAAGGCGCGCGAGGCCAAGAACCGCGAGUUCUUCGAGAAGGUCUUCACGGAGCUGAGGAAACAGCGCGAGGACAAGGAGCGCUUCAAUCGCGUCGGUUCGCGCAUCAAAUCCGAGGCCGAUCUCGAGGAGAUCAUGGACGGUCUGCAGGAGCAGGCGCUCGAGGACAAGAAGAUGCGUUCGUAUGCCGUGAUACCGCCCCUGAUGCACGAUUCCCGCCAACGGCGAUGCGCCUAUCACAACGAAAACGGACGCAUCGAGGAUAUGGUGGCGGUGCAUCAGCAGCGCAAGGCUCUUAACAUGUGGACAGCCGGCGAGAAGGAGACGUUCAAGGAGAAGUACUUGCAGCAUCCGAAGAACUUUGGCGCCAUUGCGGCCAGCCUGGAUCGCAAGUCGCCGCAGGACUGCGUACGCUACUACUACCUCAGCAAGAAGACCGAGAACUACAAGCAGUUGCUGCGCAAAUCCCGCCAGCGCACGCGCAGCUCCCGCAAUCCGGCCAAAGCCCAGGCCGCCCAGCCGCAGUGCAUCAUUGAUUCGAUGACGACGGGCGUGAUGACGCGACUGCAGCGCGAGCAGCAGCAAAAGUCGGGCAAUCGAUCUUCAGCGGUUGCGGAGCGGGAAAGAGCGGCCGAAAGGGAAAGGGUGGCCGAGAAGGCGGCUGCCGAUGCAGCAAAGGCGGCGGAAAGUGCCGCCGAAAAGGCAAGUGCGGCUAGCAAGGCCGUUGAGGCGACGGCCGCCGGUGAAAAGGUGGCCAAGGCGGCAGCAGCAGCAGCGGCGGCAGCGGCAGCAACAACGGAUAAAACGGAAGCCUCGGGCAAAAGCGAAAAGAGUGCGGCAACUCCGGCAGAAACACCUGCAGUAGCAACACCACCACCACCACCAGAGAUCUCAGCGAGCAAGGCAGCCGCCGGCGAAGAGGAGGCAGCGGCGGCCACCGCGGGAGCAGCCACUGUGGCCACCACGGGCAUCGCGGCCAGCGGAGCCAGUGCAGCGAGUGCGGGCGAGGCGACAACGGCCACGGGAGCCACGGCAACGGCGGCGGCCAAGGGAGCAGGGAAGCCGGAAACAGCAAACGAACCGGCGGGCAGUGCGGCCAAGGGAGCGGAUUCCCGGCUAGAAGUCAACAAUGAACCGCUGGCCAAGGCAGCAGCUACCAAUAACGCCAGCAACAGCAGCUCCAGUGCGGCGACUACCGCUGCACCGGGCGUAACCUUGAAUGGCUUCAAGCCGGGCUACCAAACGGUGGUCAUGAAGCCAACAGUCGAGGAUUCUGCGAGUGGUGGAGGUGCAUCUGCAGUGACGAAUGCAGCGGGAGUGGGAACUCCAACGACGACGACGGGCGGCGGUGAUAAGAUCAACGCCAAGACAAUGCCGCCAGCCAGAGCUACUCCGAAUUCCACAUCCACAGCCUCGACGGAAAGUGGAUCUGCUGGUGGUGGGGUGCCCACCUUUGCCCACACCGCCACCACGGCGGGCAACUAUCUGGGCCAGAAGCUGAAGGCCGCCCAGGUCGAGGGACUGGGAGCUGGCAAUGAACUGCACUCGGAUGUUAGUGAAUCCAAGAGGAAGCGCUUCGAAUUGAAUUCUGGCGAGGCGAGCGGAGGAAACAACGCAUCAUCUGCGAAUAGCAACAGCAACAUUAGCAACAGCCACAGUAUAAAGGCCAAUGCCAAGGAUCCAACGAUGGCCAAGACAUCGUUGCCAUCCGCGUCAUCGGCAUCGGUUGUUACAUCCACGCCAUCGGCAUCCUCAUCCUCAUCCGGCUCCAUGCUGCUAAUCAGUGCCGCCUCCAUCAUGUCUACCGCAUCGGGAGCCACGUCCUCGAGCACGGCGACCACCACGGCCACCGCUCCGGCGAUCUCUAUGCCUUUGUUGGCCGAUGGCAGUGGCAAUUUGAUGGUCAACGCCUCCGAGGUCCUCGCCCUCGAUGGCAAAGACAAACUGGCCAGCUGCUUUGUGUGCAAGGCGGAGGCGUGUCCGCGCACCCGCCCCCUGAAGAAGGGGCGUGGCCAGCAGUACGGCAUCCCGGACGACUCGAUUCCGGCGGGAGCGAGGGUCUGCAACAGCUGCCAAUGCAAAUCGGUGCGCAGCCGCUAUCCCAACUGCCCGCUGCCCACGUGUCCCAAUCCCAAGGAUCGGGCCCAGCGCCUCCGGAACAUUCCCUCGCGACUCUUCGAGCUGCCCUCGGAGGUUCGCGAUCCGGUGAUGGCCGAGUUCCAGAUACCGCCGCACGCCACCCGCUGCUGUUCGGCCUGCCUGAUGCGCAUCCGCCGCAAGCUGGAUCCCCAGCUGAAUCUCACGGAUGGCUCCUCUUUGGGGGGAGGAGGAGGCGGAGGAGCGGGCAGCGGCAGUGGAGGCGACGAGACGGAUGUCUCCACCUCGUCGUGUGAUGAAAGGGAGCCUGGCGGCUCGGAUACGGCAUCGGUGGAGAGUCCCGAGAAUCUCCAGCGACACAAAUCCUUGACGCUGGUCAAGCAGCAGCAGCAGCAGCAACAGCAGUUACAACAGCAGCAGCAGCAGCAACAGCAGCAGUUGCAACAGCAGCAGCAGCCACUAUCGCAACCCCAGCCACCGCCUGCUCCGCAACAAAAGGUGGUGACCACUCCGCGAGGAGGAGAUGCACCACUGAUAAUCACACCCACACGCAAGGCGGGAUCGGGAUCGGCGACCGGGGGCAAUGACAACGAUCGCCUGCUGCCGCCCGCCGCUGGACAGGCGCCGAAGAAGCAGAAGACCAGCGAGGAGUACGAUUCGUCGGCCACCGAAACGGCCGAUGAGGAGAAUGAGAACUCGCCCGCCAAUCGCCAGAGUCCCAAGGUUCUCUUCCACGGCAGCCAUGGUCAUGUGGCCAAUAAUGUGUCCAAUCUCCAGCCGCCGGUUUCGGGAGUUUCGGGAGGAGCAGCUGCAGGAGGAGGAGGAGCAGCUGCCGGAGGAGGAGCACCUGGCCAGCAGGUCAAUGGACCGAUAAGCAUGCGACGCGAGGCGGUCAACAAUGUGCAGGAUUGUGUGUUCUCGGUGAUUGAGCGUUCGCUGAAGCACAAGGGACCGCAGCCGAAGGGGGGACAAGGUCAGCAGGGUCAAGGUCAAGGUCAGGGACAAGGACAAAGCCAAUCCCCCUCCCAACAGCAACAGCAACAACAGCAACAAUCUGCUAAUAACCUGGAACGCAAGGAGCUAACAAUCGUAAGGGAAUAUCGACAGGAUCCUACGGCCAUUCUAAAGCAGCAGCAAACUGCAGGAGGAGGAGGAGCAGGAGCACCACCACCGCCUUCCUCCUCCAGUAAUCUACCACAUGGAACCUCCGUGCAGAAGCUACCAUCUCGGCCAGCUGCAGUGCCUCCGCCGGCACCGCCACCAGCUCAUCCGCUGACCCCAACGAGCAGUGGGAAUAACAAUGGAACGAGCGAUAGUUUGGCCACCCUUUCGGUGGUCAACUCUCACCUGGGCAACGUUCACCCGGCUCUAAUGGCCCAUUCCUCGGCAGGCGGAGGAGUAAGUGGUAUCCCCGGAUUACCUGGAAUACCCGGAAUCGGUGUGGACAAGGCCACCAUUACGCCGGUGGUCAAGAGCAGUGGUGGUUCGUCGAGUGGUUCAUCCAAGAGCGGAGCAACGCCCACGCCGCCAGAGACGAUUAUUUACAAUGUGCCAGCGGCGCAUCCGCAACGAGGGAUUCCACCGCCGCCGUCGCAACACUCGGUGCAUCCAUCGCAUGGUCAGCAUCCCCAGCAUCCGCAGCAUCCUCAGCAUGGUCAGCAUAAUCAGCAUCCCCAGCAUAAUCAGCAUCCGCAGCAGCAGUUGCAGGUUCCCGAACCAGAGCCCCAAACCCUUGACCUCAGCAUCAAGAAGCCGCCGCGCGAUGGUCACUCACCGCACACGGGUGGAUCAUCGGCAGCAGCAGGGGGAUCCAGCAGCUCCUCCUCCACUUCAUCCUCUUCAGCGGAUCGCCAUCACGGACCGCCGCCGCCAACGAUGUCAAUGAAGCAUAUUGUACGCUCAGCCAACAUGUAUCGCGGCGAAACAGUGAGUGUUCCCUCGCUGGCGGCGCCCAGUUCGUAUCUGUAUCCCACUCCACCGCAUGGAGUGCUCAAGGCCACCGGUGGCGUGGGUGUGGUGCCCGGUGUGAUGCCAGGUGCGAUUCCAGGAAGCGCUCUAUACCUACAACCUGUACCGGUGCCCGUGCCCAUUUCGAUUUCGGGGCAGGGACAAUUGCCUCCUAGAGCUGGACAACCGCCGCCGGCGCAACCGCCAUCGAGCAGAGGUGGUGGAGUGGCCAAGGUGCCGCCCAAACUGAGUCCACAUCACCUGCAGCAUCACGGCCACUCGCCGUCGCAGCAGCAGCAGCAGCAACAAGCGGCUGCCCAGCAACAACAGGCGGCUGUCCAACAGCAACAACAGGCGGUUGCCCAGCAGCAAUUGCUGGUGAAGAGCGGCUCCAUCACACACGGAACCCCCGCCAAUGCGGCCCAGCAGCAGAUACAGAUCGUUCAUGCAGCAGCGGCGGCAGCAGCAGCGGCGGCGGCCUCGUCCUCCCUACUCAGUCCCAAAUUCGAGGGACUCGUAAGGCAGACGACGCCCGAGGGCGUGGGAAACGUGCCCGGUGGCUCAGGCAACAAGCAUGGCUCCAUUACGCAGGGCACACCGCUCCAUAUGCCUCCCCAUCAUCUGGAGAGCAAGCGGGCCUACGAGAGCUACUACAAGAGCUCACAGCGUCAUAGUCCCGCCCAGCAGCCGGGCGCCAGUCAGCAGUUGCCGCCGCCGCCGCAGCAAUCGUCGCCGCAGGCGCCACCGCCACAGGGCUACGGAGUGGGCGUGAGCUCACCCUACGCCCGGUCGCCAUUCAGCGGAGUGGUGGAGCAGGCACCGGUUUUGAGUACGCGACAAAUAGUGAUGCACGACUACAUAACCUCGCAGCAGAUGCAGGGACAGCAGCAACAGCAGCAGCAGCAACAGCAGCAGCAGCGCAACAUGUCGCGCGGCAGCAGUGCCAGCGGGGGCGGCGGAGGAGGCGGCUCCGACAAGGAGUCACCCUCGCCGCGGAACAGCGUGGGCAGUGGCGGAGGAUUCGCCUAUGGCGGGGAGAAGGAGUCGGCGCCACGCGGAAGACCGGAGUACUCCAGUCGGGCGUCGCCAGCAGAUCAUGCCAAUAGCACUCCAAGUCCGCAUCGCACGCCGCCACCCCAACGGCAAGGCGUAAUCCAGAGGCACAACACGGGCUCCAAACCGCCCUCUCCGGCAGCUCCGCCACCGAGGAGCAUGCACAUUGUGUCCCCCUAUCAAUAUGCUCCAAGUGGUCACGAUGCUUUGGCCUCGUUUGUGGACGUGGCCGUCCAGCAGCCGCAGUUGCCGGUGCCGUCGCAAAAGGAUGACAAGUCGCCGGGUGCGGCGCCUGGUCCGCCGGGCCAACUUAGCGGACCACCGGGAUCCGGACCACCGUUGGGCCCAGCGCCACCCGGACUGCCGCCACACGCCGUGGUGGGCGUGGCUCAGCCACCGCCGCCGACCGCUCACCACGAUCAGCGGUAUCGCGACUUGGCCCUGCACCACCACCACCACACUUUGGUGCAGCAGCAGAUUGCCCAGCAGCAGCACUACCACCGCAGCCUCAAUGUGGCCGCCCAGGCGGAUAUGCAGCGCCAGAUGGACCAGGCGAAGCGCGUGAUGCGCCACCAGCAGCAUCAGCAGGCGCAGCACCAGCAGGCCCAGCAGCAGCACAACCAUGCGCUCGUCGAGCGGGACAGGGAGAUUCUGCAGAGCCAGGAGCGGAUGCGUGAGCGUGAUCGUGACAGGGAAAGGGAGCGAGAAAGGGAGCGGGAGCGGGAGCGUGAGAGGGAGCGUGAACGGGAGCGAGAGCAGCGAGACCGGGAACGUGAGCGGGAGCGGGAACGGGAGCGAGAGCGACGCGAACAGGACCGGGAGCGACGGGUGGUGGCCGAGGAACGGGAGCGGGACAGCCGGCGCAUGGAGCGCAUGUUCGCCGGCGGUGUGGUCACCGCACCAGGCGGACCCGGCGGCCCCGGCGGCGGACCCUCGCCCGGCCAGUUCCUGCGCGCCUCAGUGCCCGAGAGCGGUCCACCACGCUCCAUCCCAGAUCGCGAACGAGAAUCAUACUAUCGUCAGGCACAUGGAGGCCCCGCACCAGAGGACACGCCCGGCCAACUGAGCGCCCAGAGUCUGAUCGACGCCAUCAUCAAGCACGAGAUCAAUCGCUCGAAUGACGCAACUGCAGGACCUGGUCGCGAAUUCCCUCGCCCCACCUUCGUCCAUGCUCCGCUGCCGCCGCGCGGAUCGGGAUCAGGUGGCGCCGGAGGCACUCGCUCCUCGCCAGCGAACGUCUUGCAUCAGAUGUACGUGCGCGAUCAUCGGCAGCCGCACGAGAGCGGAGCAGUCUCGCUGCUGACGGCCGAGAACAAUGGCAAGCCCAGCUCCUCGGGAUCGCCCAGUGUGAUCAACAUUGACCUGGAUCAGGAACGCAUCUCGGCGGCCGCAGCCCAGGCAGUUGCCGCCCAGCAGCAGCAGCAGCAAGCUGCGCCGCCUCCCUCGCAAUCGUCGCAAUCGAGAUCCGUGCAUGGCCAGUUGAGGACGCCGACCUCCCAGGCGGGCGGUUCGGCUCCCAGUCCCCAGCAGCAGAUCCACACCAAGAGCAUCACCUUCGGGGAGCUGACGGAUUCGAUAAUUACCAACGACUAUGUGACCAAUCCGCAUCUGCGGCCGACGCCGCCGUUCAUGGCCUAUCUGCAGGAGGCGCAGUCCAUUCUGCCGCCGGAUCGCUGGAAGCAGAAUCGCCGCAUGCAGCAGAAGGCGGAGGAGGCGAAGCACCACUCGCAGCAGCAGCAGCAACAGCAUCAUGCUCAGCAUGCUCCUGGUGGCGGAGGAGCACCAGGCGGAGGAGGAGCACCCGGCGGAGGAGCACCCAGCGGAGGAGGAAGUGCCGCCGGCAGGGCCAACACGCCCGGCGAGGAUGGACGCAACAUAAUCCGAAUGCCGCAGGCGGUCAGUCCGCGUAAAUACAGCCACGAGAUGAUGCUGCAUCAUGUGAUGGGAGCCGGUGCGCCGGGCGGUGAGCCUGGACAGUUCUUUAUACCCAGCCGCGUCGUGAUGCCGGAGCAGCGGGGAGCGCCAGGCGGAGGAGGAGGAGCACCUGGCGGCGGCGGCGGUGGAGGAGGGGCUCCUGGCGCCGGAGGCCCCGGUUCCGGAGGAUCCACCAUUGACAACUAUGUAAAGAACCGCAUCGCCGAGGUGAUGCGCGAUGAUAUAAGCUAUGGGAAGAACCGAACGGUGGAGGUGCGAACGGAGGAGGACAUGGCCGAUAUGGUGGCCGCCCAAUCGCAUGCCGCCCAUGUUGCCCACGCCGCUCAAAUGGCCCAUGUGGCCCACGCUUUGGAGCUGCAGCACAGGAGCAAGGAGCAGCAGCAGCAGCAGGCGCCUCCGCCGGAGAUCAGUGUGUCGCGCAAGACGCCCAACCAAUACGAGGUGGUCGAUGCCAGCGGACGUCGCUCGGCGGGCAGUGCCGCCUCCGUUUCGGUCUCCGUCUCGGGAGCCAAUAGCCACCACUCGCCGUACCAUCCGCCGGCGGGAGCCUAUGCCCCCAGCACCUAUGCCUUUCCCUACAGCGCGCUGACCGUGCCGAGUGCCGCUGGGGGAUUGCCGCCGCCGCAGCCGCUGCAGCUGGCCCACCAGGCGCUCGCGCCGCCGGGGAAUCUGAGUGCCAAGGCCAAGGCGGCACAUGCUUUGAGUGAACUGGGCGCCGUCGGUGGCGGAGUGUCGCUGGUGGUGGGUGGAGGGUCGAGUGGAGGAGCACCCGGCGGACCAGGCGGCCCAAGUGGCGGAGGAGGCGGCGGCGGAGGAGGAGGAGGAACACCCGGCGGACCUGGUCACAAUUCCAUCCAGCAUUCCGCAUCGGCAGCCGCUGCUGUGGUGGCCGCUGCCGCAGCAGCCGCCGCGGCCGGCGAGUCGAAGCCGCUGCUGUUGUCCAAGUACGACGCCCUCAGCGACGAAGAUUAGUUGUGACUGCCGGCGUCGUCCGCGGCGUCGGCGUCGCACCUGCGGCCAGGAGCAAUAGCAGUAGCAGCGGCAGCACUGCCACCCGGCAGCGGCGGCACGAGCGUGGUCUACGGCUAUCCUGGCUACCGGCG